AUGCCGGUCGAUCCCAAUGCCGGUUGCAAUCUUGACAUUCCGCUACAGAACUGCACAAUCACGACCUGCCUAGCACAAGGAGCUGCAUUCAACUAUGUUCCGCACUUCGGCGGAAACAUAUUCUACAUGGUCUUCUUCGCUGUGUUCAUCCUACCACAACUAUGGUUUGGCAUCAGAUAUCGGACAUGGGGCUUCAUGAUCGGGAUGAUCCUUGGUCUAGUCCUCGAAGUCGUCGGCUACUAUGCCAGGGUCGGACUGCACGAUGAUUCAUUCUCAAGUAAUGCCUUCAUGCUGUAUCUCGUCGGCCUCACCAUCGCGCCGGUCUUCAUCACCGCCGCCAUAUACCUUUGCCUCUCCCGAAUCAUCGGGCUCUAUGGCCAACAUCUGUCUUUUCUCAAGCCUCGGACAUUGGCGCUCACAUUCAUGGCGUCCGACUUCUUGUCACUGGUAUUGCAGGCAGUCGGCGGUGUCAUGGCGAAGGCCGCAACCUCGGACCUGAGAGAUCCUCAGCCUGGCACCAAUGCGAUGAUUGCUGGCUUACUGCUCCAAGCAAUCAGCCUCGGCUUCUUUGCUGGCGUCUGGAUCAUUUUCAUGUUACGCGUGAGAAGCGGCAUUCCCGACCAGACUGCGGGGAAACGAAAGGUUCGAGAAAGAGCAUUCUUCCCGGCGUUCAUGAUCGGCCUCGCACUCGCUACUGUCGUCAUUGAGAUCCGGUCCAUAUAUCGAGUUGCAGAGCUAUGGGGCGGCUUUAGCGGAAAGUUAUGGAAUGAUGAGGUGGACUUCAUGGUCUUGGAUGGCGUGAUGAUGGCGAUAGCCGUUGUUCUGUUGACCUUGUUUCACCCUGGCAUAGCAUUUGCUGGACAGUGGAACUCGAGUGAUUGGAGCUUACGGGGAGGAGAUCACGAUGACAAGUCUCCGCGAUAUGGUCUGGGGCCCGAGCGCGAGAUGGAUGACCUUUGGCGACGAGGCGGGAGAGAGUACGAGAGAACGUGA